UUUUUUUUUUAUAAUUCACUAACAAAGAAACGGACAAAAAUUGCCGGCGGAAGUAAAAGGGAGGGUAUUCUAGUGGAAACUAGUUGCAUAGGCCACGCUGUAGGUGGCAGACGUGUCUUUUCGCUAACAGGCACCUCCAAGUUUUCCCAACAGGAUAUGGAAAAACUUAGUUGUUGAGUCAACCCGUGGUCACUUAGUACCUAGAGACUCAACUUUUACUUCUCAUAAUACAAAAGAGUGGUUCUUCGGGGCAGGACCGUGUCAUUGUAAUCACUUUAACAUGUUCCCCCAUUCAAACGGCAGUGGCCUCAGUCGGCUGUGUGUGCUGUGCGGGCUGAGCGUCCUUCUGCUCUCCGCUUCGGCAGAGGAAGUGUUUGAGCAGCGGUCCGGGAUGAUCCAGGAGCUCCGGGCAGCCCUGGCUGACCUGGCCGCAGAAGGGAGGACUUACGUGGGCAAGGUAGCGGGGGAGCAGACGGUGCUGUCGGUUCAAAAGGCGUUCUCUCAGGUUCUGCAUGUUGUGGCAGAAGCGGUGGCCAGUGGUCUUCAGGUCCUCUCUCAGUAUCUCACACAUUUCCUGCAGGCCGCUGGACUUGAAGUUGCCCUCCCCCUCAGCAGAGUUACCCCAGAGGGGGUGAUCUUUGUUGCCCAGUGGGUUCUUUUGGCUCUUAUUGGUUAUUGGCUGAUCUCCCUGGCCUUUCGACUGGUCGCAUCCACUCUGAGGCGAGCCUUGUGGCUGGUCAAAGUGGCUGUGGCCAUUGCCUCUUUUGGACUAAUCCUGAGCGACCACAGCGUCGGCACGGAAACCAUGGCUAUCCGACUGGCUGUGCUGGUGUGUGUCUGCGUCCUGUUUGGUGUGGGGCCAUCGAGGGGCGGGACUGUGGCUGAUAAAACCGCCCACCUGGAGGAGCAGGUGAAGAUCCUAGAGAGACGACUGAGAGAGAUGGAGAGAUGGAGGAGGACAGAGGAGUGACGGAGGGGAGCAGCUGGAUUAAGAAAAAUGGGGAACGGUGAGGGAGAGGGGAAAAUGCAUGGAUGGUUUUUUGUAUUAUUUCUUUUUCUUCUGUGCCUUUUUAUUCUAUUAUCUCAAAAAACAGGCGUCCUGAAAUCUCGUCUCCAUACAGAGGUUUGGGACCUCAGGGAUGAAAAGCUGCAAUGUCAUAACUGUUUUUUUUUCUUGUUGCUACUAUUAGGCUCAAAAGUAAUGCAAUUAUUCAUUACUUUUAAUUCCUUUCACAACAUGUUUACUUACAUCCUGGGUGCUGUAAAUCAUUACCUUGCACUGCUGCACCCUCAAAACUGGUGAUUGCUCGUUGUAAAAAAACAUUCAAGAAACCAAACAGGUUUGAUGUUCAUUGUUCUCACUGUUCUUGCACUUGAUGAAAUCAAUGAUAAUAUUUCCGCCCAGAAAAGAUAGACUUUUCUACCAUCAGUAGCUGUAUAUAGGGUCCUAUAUAGGGUCUGAUCCAAAAACUGUUUAUCCAUACAGAUUUCAGAAUUAUAUAUAUUCAUUAUGAAAUCCCCACUUAAUACAAGUUUGGGUGAUUUGUGGUCAAAAUUUUUAAGUCAAACACCCUUGACUGAAUUUAAGUGUAAAAUGCCUGAGUGAACCCAUUGUUUGUUGCAAUGUGAGGUCAAACUAGGUUUUAUGUGUCCUCUAAACAAUCAGUAAAUUAAUGUGCCUUGGAUAGUUUGUAUUUCAAAUGUACUAUAGCACCAGCAUCAGCCUUUUAGAAGAAUGUAAAUCACAAAACCAAACACAUUCAUUUCCUCUUACUUUAUUUGUAUUUGUUCUGUUAAUUGAGGUGAAUAUGUGCACCUAUAAAUUGUGUUUUGAUAAUGUAAUAAAAAACAGAAUGUAACAUUC